GUUGACUUCCACUCCACUUCCUACUACCAGUCUACUCCUACUCCUACAGCCCUACUAGUACUCCUCAACGAAAGGGGGCCCCCGGGCCACGCAGCUGCUGCUGCCUUCCAUUCCAUGGCACGCCCGCUGCACGACCCGCACCCAUCCCUGUACUGGAACCACCUAACCCCCCACGACUCCAUCCUCGCGUGCCACGGAAAGGCACGGAAGAAACAUUCCCACUCCACUCUCGGCCUCACGCUUCCGAGCGGCCGAGCCCCCCUCUGCUCUCUAUAAAUACGUACGUCUCGCCCGUCACCUUCCCCUGACCCGCAGCUCGGCUGAACGCUCUGCUACGAUCGACUCCCCCGCUAGGCUCGGAGUUCGGCGGCCAUGAAGAAGGUGCGGGCGAGGCGGCAGCGCGUGCCGGCGUUCGGGGAGUGGAACUACGACUACGGCGGCGCCGGUGACUGGCCGGUCACCCAGUACUUCGACUCCGCCAUGCAGGCCGCCGGGCUGGUCGUCGCGAUACCGCCCUCGACCAAGCCACCCAAAAAGGCGGUGAAGUGGAGUGACAGUGCCACACUGGAGGCGGAGGGCGAGAAGCAGCGGCAGGCGGUGGUGGCGGGGCUGGGCGAGCAGGGCGCCGUGAAGAAGCAGGGGAAGCAGAGCCGGGUGGCCGACGCCGGGGCCCACGCCUCAUCCCCUGCGUACAAGGCGUGCCGGGUGGCCGUCAAGGCCGUGGACCAGGACCUCUACCAGAUCCCACCCGACAUGCUCUGCCACGAGCCCAGGAAGAGGGUGACGAGGAGGAGGAGCGUGUGGAUGGGCUGCCUGGGGUUCAGCUGCAUCGCCUAGGGAUCCGCCGCACCGCCUGCCCGAUGACUGCUCAUCAUGAGUCGCCAGCCGCCUUGUUCUCGUGUGUGCGCGCCUCCCCGCUCCUGUAAAAGCACACUCCGUACCUGAAAACCAUGGCCAUGAUGUUGUCACUUGUCA